GCCGCCGUCGCCUUCCCUUCCGUUCGUAUUUUGCAGCGCCUUCCUUCCUUCCGUUCGCAGCCGUCCAGCCCUGCCGUUUCCCUCCGAUCAGUCCUCGUUUCCGCCCUCCAGCCCCACAGCUUACGUCGGCGCAGUCUCUGCAUCUGGAAUGGAGCCUCAAGGAUAUUGUUUUUCCUCUCCUGAUAAAACAUUCAACAUGCUUAAUUUUUGUUGCCGGAUCUCUCAACACUCUUCCAGCCAAAAGUACUUGGUCUGUUUCCACCCCUACCACACGUGGGUGCUCUAGAAUCUGAAAUAGAUCUGUUGUCACCUCACUGUGCGAUCACUCACUCAAUGUCUACAGCACCUCUCUUCAGUCACGAGCGUCACCUCUCCCCCUUAAAAUAUGUUUUCCUUUCCGAUUGGUGGCUUGCCAAGCCUUGCCUUCCACUCCAGGGCUUAGCGGUUGGUGGCAUUGCUUAUGGCCUGAGAGAGAGAAUGCUCUUAUCAACAGUGAUUGCAAAGAGGCACGAGGCGAAUGUCUUGGAGACUGAAGACGGAGUCACUCUUCACUUAAGUAGUUUAAUUAACAGCUCUCGCUCGUCUCAGAAUGGCUUCCCACGCAAGGUAUGCGAAGACUUCUUGUUGGGAUUUCCAGACGAUUGGCAAAAGUACACUGCUCAUAGUUUUGGAGCUAAAUGUGUCAAUGGGGAUACUGGAUUUCAUGAGCCAAAUGCUUGUUCACGCAAGAGGGCUGUUGAUGCUAUCCCAUUUUCCAUUCAUGAUAAUCGUUCGGCAGAGAGACAUGAUUUUUCAUCGUCCAAUGAUGGAAUUCUGAAAGCAAAAACGAAUAUCUGCAAUGAACCAGAGAAUUCAAUCGGCAAUGUUUUGAAGCAAUCUGUAUCAAAAAAUAGUGUGGAAUGCAGCAAUAGCAAGAAAACUGUGGAGGGUGAACGCGAGGACAAUUCUGUAAGUCUUAAAUCGUCUCAGUCACUUGUUGACACUAGGGACGAUUGUGAAAAUGGAGUCUUAGUAGCUGCACCUGUAAGCCAAGUUGGAAAUCCAAACAGCGACCGAUCUUUGACAGGUGUGUUUGACCGGAUUCCAUGUAAAGUUCAUUCUGGGAAAAGCAUGGUUGGAUCUCCAGUUUCCACAACAAAAAUCAGAGCAACACAAUCAUUGGGUGACUGCAAGGAGGAAUAUGUUAGUCACACUAGAAAAUAUUCGAAAAAAAGUCUCACGUCACUCAAAGAAACCAGUACUUGUCCAGUUAGAAGAUCUCCCAGGCUGUCAAAGGCAACGAAAUGAGCAAGUAAAACUUGUAAUGAGAAACAAGUUGUCAUUCAUUGUUGCGAUAAGGAAUGGAUUAAUUGUUGUUUUGUCA